CGCCGCGGCCCGCAGUAACGCCAGCACCAAGUUGCCACGGCGACGACAGACGGCGACGAGUUUCACAACACGCUAUCUGCACUACCGACCGCCACCUGUCUGUCUGUUUGUCCUUGCUCCUGCUCCUCCUCUCGCACAACUCAAGGCAACGGCUCGCGUCGACGCACGCCGCCCGCCGCUCGCCACCACAACCACGACAACAAUGGACAUUGACACCCCCCCCGACCUGCUUCCCCCAGAGGCAAUCACACCGCUUGAGCUGCCAGAGUUCAGCGCCGGCUUUCCGCUGCCCUUCCGCGUGCUCUUCCUCGUCGGGCUCGCGCUGCUAUUGUGGGCAGUGAACCUGCACGUGCUGCACCUGCUCGGGCUGGACAGCAGUUGGAUCCUCGAUAUCCGGGACUCGGACGACACGGGCGACUUGACCUCCCCGCCCGUGGACGGCGGCGUCGACGCGAACGAGAUCGACCUCGCGCUCGACACGCUCUCCCUCCCCCCUGCUAGUGCCGCAGCGCACAUCGCGCCGCAUGUCCGCCACGCGCUCGACAGCCCGCGCGCAAACACGCCCCCGCCAGCCGCCGGCCGCCGGCCAAGCGCGAAGCUGUACGGACCGGUAUACCGCCUCUUCCUCGCCUACGCGGCGUGGUGUCUUGCCGGCUGGGGCGUGUUCCGCUGGAUCACGGGCGACAAGACGGACAAGAUGGAGGCGUGGCGCGGCCUCGUUGGCUUCAUCGCGCUCGCGCCGCUCGCGGCUGCGUUGUUGCCGUGGCGCGGGAUCGCUCACCGCGAGCGCAGGGCAUUCCGCAAGAGUAUCCACCGCAUCCUCGUCCCCCCGCCCAACGCGCCAAUCUUCUUCGCGGACGUGAUCCUCGCUGAUAUCCUCACGUCCUUCGCCAAGGUGCUCGGCGAUCUCUACGUUUCCGCCAGCCAGAUCAUCUUUGGCGGUAUCACGCACGGAAGGGUCGCGCCGCAUGGCGUGUCCAAGUGGAUCACGCUAGCGAUGGUUGGCCUCCCAUACCUCCUCCGAUUCCGCCAGUGCAUGCUUGAGUUCUACCACUCUGGCUGGCAGUCCAAGCGGCCGUUCGCCAACGCGCUGAAGUACGCCUCUGCCUUCCCCGUCAUCCUGUUGUCCGCAGCCCAGAAGGACGUCGUAAGGGAGGUCGCCGAGGCCAAGGGCGUCACCCCCGCCGAGCUCAACACGGCGCCAACAAGAUGGUUUGGCGAGCACCCCGUCUUCCGGCUCUGGCUUCUCGCCGUCGUCGUAAACUCCAUGUUCUCGUUCUACUGGGACGUCGAGAUGGACUGGGGACUGUCGCUGUGCGAGCUGGAAACCUGGCUCCCAUCGCAGGCCGACAGCUCGUCUGGCCACCUCACACCCAACGCGCGCAGCCCGUCGCCGCCAAGAGGCAUCUUUGCGCGCAUCCGCCGCACGCUGGGCCGCGACACGCACCAGCGCAGCCCACACCCAGCGCACCACAGCCUCAACGACGUGUCGCCCUCGACAAAACCGGCCCUCUGGGGCCUCCGCCAGACAUUACUCCUCCCUGACCCCAUCGUGUACUACCUCUUCGCCCUGCUCGACCUCGUGCUCCGCUUCACGUGGAGCCUCGACCUCUCGACCCACCUGCACACCAUCAGCAAGAUCGAGUCGGGCGUCUUCUUCAUGGAAGCGCUCGAGCUCGUCCGCCGCUGGAUGUGGGUGUUUAUUCGCGUCGAGUGGGAGGCGGUCAAGAUGGGCGAGCUGGCUCGUUUCCGUACCGGAAGGGAACGCACCGCCGUGCUCUGGGCCGACAAGAGCGGAGACGACGACGACAACUAGACCACAUGGACACUGGCUUUGACAGCCCCCCUCUGUAGACGACCGCAGACGACAGCAUUAUAGAGUAGUAUUAUCAAUGGCAUUUGUGACGGAU